GUUCUUAUCUAUCUUACAACUUACCUUCGAGAACCGAUUCGUCUCUGGGGGCUAGCCACGCCCCAAGUUUGUAUGUAAAAGUUAAGUCUACCACAAACCCUGUUCAUUAAUAUGUCCCGUGGACUUCCGUCCGGAUCUAUCCGUGCGAGCCCCUAGAUACUGGGCAACCGAACGGUAGUGCCAGUGCACCCUGCCUUCUUACUCCCCCACUAACUCGCCCCAAAAUAUGAUCACCCUCCUUCCCCAGUCAUACAUGGAAAUGGCCGCCAGCGCCACUGCUAAUCAGGAACUGCGACUGAAUGAGCUAAAUAACCUGACCGACGCGGUAGAGCCCUUUGCGAGGCUUGCCAGUAGAACCAGCUGUUCAGUCAGGCUACAUUGCUCCGUUCCAAUGUGGUCUCCGUGCUCUGAUACUUGUUAUGACCUUCAUGAGCUCAACGACCUACGGUCACGGUCCCUAGUCUUUAUCCACGACCUCUUGGAACUGCUACGUUCUAACGGGAUAUCGGCAUCAUACAAACUUGCACCUUCCAAUUCCCCACUCUGCUUCAUAUGCGCGUUGCCGACAGAACUAAGUGUUCCGAAGGUGAGGUCGGCCACAGUCGAGAUACUACAAAAUGCUCGGGUUACCGCAAGACAGAAGGUAUUACUGGCGGACCUAGAACAUGGACCCGCACUUAUCAUUUCUUGAAUGUUUGCACCAAUUGAUCGUCUCGAAAUGCUACGUGUAAUUGCUUUCGUCAUGUUGCUUGUAACCGAAGCAUGUACAUAUAAUACACCCGUUGGGAAAUUUGAUUUUAGUUAGC